AUGGCCUUCAACAGCUUUGCGCAGGCUGCCAAAGACAACGUCACAGUCUCUUCGCCGACUGCACGAGAAGGUCCAGAGCUGCAGGAAAUUCAGACAGGCGGACUAGGUCUACCAGGUGUCCAAGGGGAAGUCAAACUCAGGAUCUCUGAGCCAUGGCCAUCAGAUGCUCUGCCACCGACCACAUCCUCUCUUCUCACGGUCGCCUCGUCUAGCGGACUUCUGGCUGCGGCAGGACCAAACGAUUUGAUCCUGACAUCAACACAACAGGUCCGGGCGGUACUAUUAGAGAAAUUCGACAAGCAGACAAACGAGAAUCCAGUACGGCAGUAUCAGCCAAAUCUCCGCAUCCCUCGACCACGUCUAUCGCACGUUGCAUUCACAGCCGACGAGAGUGCACUACUGGUCUCGGCACAGGAUGGUGGAGGCAUCGAUGCGUACAGCGUCCGCAAGAUCGAAGAAGCCAAGCCAGCAGUGUCGAUUUCCACUGAUGGGAAGGCUCUGAGGUCGCUUGUACCUAACCCAGCGCCUGAUGCCGAUCUCGCGCCGCUCGUGGCAGCAGUCACAGUCGAGGGCGGGCUCUUGUUGGCGGAUCUGAGGUCGGGCAGUCUUCGGGAAGGCCAGAAUGGAUCAAUCUUGCGAUCUGGCGUCAGCUGUGUAGCAUGGAGCCCCAAAGGCAAAGCACUUCUUGCGGGUCUGGCCGAUGGCACUGCUGUUCAGUUGAAAGCGGACGGAAAAGAGAUGGCGCUAUUCCCACGGCUGAUGAGUCUUGAGCCCAACUACUACAUCUCGAACAUCGCGUGGCUCAACAACGACAGUUUCUUCUUCGUGUAUGCUUUACCGGACACAGACUUCCCACCACAGCCCUGUGCAUACUACAUCGUUGGACGAGAACCCAAGACCACGAAUUACACCUUCCAAAAACUUCCCGACCCAAUCUUCCUUAUGGGAAAAGAGCGCCUUCCGACUGCACACUACAUUGCACGACUGCGGAACUUUCCUCCCGCUCUGUCUGAGGUCUUGCUUGUCGCCGCAACCAGCAGCUCAGAUGUUGGCUUGAUCACAAAGUCGGAGAAGUCGUUGUCUACGGAUUCAGACGUCGCGAACGAGUUCACAAGUACCAUCAUAGAGGACGACGCACGACGAGCCGUCCUUCCGCUCUCCGAGAACUCAGAGGACACUUCACCUAUUGGUAUGGCGCUCGACUUGUCGAGUACAGACACCGUCAUAAAACCUGUGCCUACUAAUGGCGAGCUUGACGAGUCAUCGCAUUCGGUGCCACAGCUUCUGGUGCUCAACAAUGAUGGCCUCUUAUGCUCGUGGUGGGUGAUUUAUAACGACUCAAUUGAGGCAAAUACACCAUACCCAGGCAUGACGGGCAGUACUGAAGCUACGCCGGAGCAAAUGUCUGCGACAGAUACCACUUCCAAGCCAGUAGCUGAACAGGCGCCACAGCCAUCGUCCCCCUUCAAGGCGCCUACCUCGGCAUUCGGUCAGACAGGUUUCGGAUCGAACGCGCCAAAGCAGACCGGCUCGAUCUUCGGGACCCCAAAUAUUUCUGCAGAGGCGGCAUUCGGCAAGUCAUCCACUAUCGGUGGAGCCAAGUCCUCCUGGGUCUCGUCUGGUUUUGGCAAUGCUUCCAACCCACAAGGAUCGUCUACAGGCUUCGGGCAACCAGCCUUUGGCGCCGCUUCGUCACUGGGAGGCAACAGCACACCAGCGUUUGGCGCCGCUUCGUCGCCGGGAGGCACCAGCACACCAGCAUUUGGCGCCGCUUCGUCACUGGGAAGCAACAGCGCACCAGCGUUUGGCAAUCCAAGUACUCUAGGCAAACCUACAUUUGGGCAAGCUCCAGCCAAGCCAGCAUUUGGUGCGACGGGUUUUGGAAACGCUGCGUCAAGUAGCAGUCCCUUCACCAACGUUGGUAACUCGGCUCAAUCUGGCUUCGCGUCUUUUGCAUCCGGGAAUAGCUUUGCUUCGCAGGCAGCCAAAGAUGGUGACAAGUCAAGCAGUCCGUUUGGACAGAACACGGGUAAAAGUUUCGGUGGUUUCGGGCAAGGUUCUCAGGACAACUCUAUCAGCAAGCCAUCACCAUUCGGAGGCUUGCAGACCAAUGGAUCAUUCUCCGCCUUCAACAAGCCGACUUCAUUCAAGCUCGAUUCGACAUUCCAAGCAGACAAGUCAGCCAAGGACGACAACGACUCACAGCCCGACGCAGCAGGCAACACUUUUGGCUUUGGCUCGAGCUUUGGAAACAUGCUCGGAAGCAAACCGAAGGUGACUUCGCCGACACGCGAUAAGGAAGAGGAUAUGGAUGAAGGCAAUGAGCAGGCACCGGUACCUUCCUUUGGGCGGCCACCAUCUCAACAUCAAACUCAGCAACCGAGUUCGCUGGUCACACCGCCAUCGACAAUCGGUCAGCCCAAGGCUACACCUGCUCCUCCAGUUUCCAAUCUUUUUGGGAGCACGCCUGCCCAGUCUACAACGCCUCAGCCCCCACCACCAGCAACCACCGGCUGGAGCUUCAGCAGUGUUCCGUCGACAACACCGAAGGAAGCCCCUGCUGCUAAGCCUUCGCUUUUCGACCAAUCUGCGAAAGCUGGACCAUUUUCUUUCGGUGCUGCAGAGAAGGCACCGUCAAGCUCGCCUAAGAUCAAGGAGGAACCCUCCAGUGCAAGCGACACCGCGGAUCUAGAAAAGAUUCCGAGCGCACCCUUGCCACCCGACACUAUGUCUAAGCCGCGUACAAAUCAGUCAGUCGAUGAUCCUCUGCCACCCGAUUGGACUCCAGCCAACACAAUCGCUGCCAUCAAGGCUACCGAGCCCUCCAAGUCACCGGCCGAAAUCGCUCCUGCUGAAGAUGCUCCACUUCCUCCAGACCCGAGCCGUUCUCAACAGAAAGGUGUCUUAUCCUCGGAACCAUCGUCACUGCCCAGUGAAGAAGCAGACGAUUUCUCCGACUUCAACGAGACUGGCGAGGAAGACGAAGAGGAGGCCGCAAGCGAGGACGAAGACGAAGACUCCGGCCCGGUGGUAGACUCGAUAGAAGAUCCGGAACAGGUAGCAACCUCGCCAGAGAGCUCUUUCAAGAGUGGCGAGCGAAGCACCGAAGUCAGUCCUACGGGCGGCCUCUUCACUAAAGUCAACACCAAUGCUGCCAAACAACGGCCACUCUUUGGCGAGGUUGGCACGAGCGCCCCUGUCUUCCCACCACCGAAGCCUCAAGAGAGUCCUCGCUCGCCAAGCCCAAUUCGAAACAUUUUUCCAACUGAUCGGCUGCGAACAGAGGCAUCGAGGUCGGUUAGUGCCCCAGCCGAUCGUCGAUCCGUUGUGGAUCAGCGGAAGCAGACCUAUGCCCAGUCUGGACUGGCUGCCCAGGUACAGCAGACUCAGCAAGAGGAACUUGCUCGUCAGAAACAACAGCAAGAGGAAACUCUUCGGCGCAGAUUAGCAGCUGAAACAUCAGAACUGGAAGAGCUUGAAGACGACGAUGAUGAGAGACUACGUGAGGAGCUCAUGGCUCCAGUCGUUGCUUCAGAAACACUCGACGAUUUUGUCACAUAUCAGCCUAGUCCUGCCGAAGAAGGUGCGAAGUCUGGCGUGCCAGCUCAAAUCGAGCGGCUGUAUCGCGACAUCAACGCCAUGGUUGACACGUUCGGUAUCAACUCCAGGUCACUUGCAUCGUUCAUGAAGUAUCAACAGGAGCAGCCAGCCAACGCAAAUUGGCCGCAAGUAUUGACAUCAGAAACGCCGAAGGACGCUUUGAAUGACGAUUGGUAUCUGAGUGACAUUGAUCGCCUUCGUGCAGGCCAGACAGCUCUGGACACCGUGGUACUUGAAGCUCAAGUCGAAGACGUGGAUGGAAAGUUACAAUACUGCCAGGAAGUCCUCUCGAAGGACAUCAUCGAUUUGAAGAUGAAGUUUGCGUCUAUCAGGAAGGCGCUCAAUUCACGAGCAAAGCCUGAAGAAGCGUUGGCUGCACCCCUCUCGGCAGAGCAGACAGCAGUGCAGCAUGAUUUGCGGAAAGCAGCUGCAGCAGUUCAGAGUAAGCUGAUGCAGGUCGAAGAUGCUCUGGCUAUUUUACAGGCAAAGGUGUCUGUUGAAAGUGGUAAGCCACAGAAGAAACCAACCAUUGAGGCUGUAACGAACACAGUCUUGAAAAUGACCAAGAUGGCGGAGCAGAAGAGCGCAGAUAUAGACCUGCUAGAGCGUCAGCUGGCAAAGCUUGGGCUGAAGAACGCGCUGAAUGAGUCCAGGCAGGUAACACCCAACGGGACACCUGGACCACGGCAGUUGACGAGUGCGGUGACUCCUGGUAGCAGUGUCUACCACACCCCUGGCUCCAGGUUUGGUGGAAGCACGAGGUCGACACCGGGGCGGAAGCUCACACAGGAUAACAUGGCGAUGAUCCCGAGCGAGGACCGUGAAAGAUGGCAAGCUAGAGCUCAGCGGAAGAAGGCCGUGGCGAGCAUGUUGAGGGAUGUUCUGCAGAAUCGGAAACAGGGCACGAUUAUAAAAGCCUGA